CACUAGCCCCCUUUUUUUGUCCUACUUUAUUAUAAAGACCAAAAAACUACUUUGUGAAUUUGGUAGGUUUUAGUUUGAGAGUAGCAAAAAUGGAGUUAUACAAAUUUCAUGUAUUUUUGGCUAUGGUGGCUGUCUUGUUUCUUUUUCCAGUAGUUCAUGGAUGGGGACUUGAUGGUCAUUACACUGUUUGCAAGAUUGCUCAGUCAAGAUUGAGUAAAGCUGCUGCAGAUGCAGUUGAAAAAUUGUUGCCAACAUCAGCAAAUGGUGAUUUGGCAAGUGUGUGUAUAUGGGCAGAUCGUGUUAAAUUCCAUUAUCAUUGGUCAUCACCUCUUCAUUACAUUGAUACCCCUGAUAAUCUUUGCAAUUAUCAAUAUAAAAGGGACUGUAAAGAUGAAGAUGGAGUUGAAGAUAGAUGUGUAGCUGGAGCAAUUUACAAUUACACUAAUCAGCUCCUCAGUUAUAACAAAGGCAAUGAUCAUGUUUCAACAUAUAAUUUGACAGAAUCACUUCUCUUCCUUUCUCACUUUUUUGGGGACAUUCAUCAGCCUUUGCAUGUUGGAUUUACUUCAGACAGAGGAGGCAAUACAAUAGAUGUUCAUUGGUACACUAGAAAAACAGUUCUACAUCAUGUCUGGGAUUCCAACAUAAUCGAAACUGUAGAAGAACGAUACGAUGAUUCUAACGUAGAUGAACUUGUUGAUGCAAUUCAGAAGAACAUCACGACAGGAUGGGCUGAUCAAGUAAACUCAUGGGAGAGCUGCAGUGGCAACAAAACAGCCUGCCCUGAUAUUUAUGCAAGUGAAGGUAUCAAAGCUGCUUGUGACUGGUCAUAUAAAGGAGUGAGUGAAGAUUCUACAUUAGAAGAUGAUUAUUUCCUAUCGCGAUAUCCAAUAGUUCAAUGGCGUCUAGCUCAAGGUGGAGUCCGUUUAGCUGCUACACUAAACCGUAUAUUCAAAUGAACAAUGUAUUGUAAACAAAACUUGAUGAUCAUUUUCUAGCAUUUCUUGUACAACAUUGUUAUUUGAACUAAAACAUCGUUGUAUUUUAGUAAAUCUUCAUCGUAUCUAAUGUUUUAAGAUAUUUUUAUCGACUAUAUAAGUCAAUUACGCGAUGA